GGAAAGAGAAGGAGAGGGAGAAAGAGACAGACAGGGAGGGAGGAAGAGAGACUCGUAUUCCCAACCCCUCUCCUUCCCCCGACUCUUAAACCGCUUUCAGUUUACUUCCCCCUGGAGAGUGUCAAGGAAUUUGGAAAAGACAGAAAGAGGGAGGAGAUCCAUGAAACAGUGGAGAAAAUGAUCAGCCAGCCAGCAGUCCUCUUGGAACUCCUGAACGUCAGUUGUCUGCGGCUUGCAAAAUCAGCAUCCUCCUCGCAAUUUGGGAUGAGAAUCUAAGACAACCUUCCUCGUACUUUUGCCUUCUUAGGGAGGCUGCUCUGUGGAUGAAUUUCUGCCUGACAAUAGUCCCCUAGCUCUGUCCCAUGGCUAAAGAAUGUUGGGACCACGGCAUCUACAAAGAAAAGUCCCAGCUUGCAUUUGACUGAAUACCCUCUCCUUGUACCUUUUUUUUUUUUCCUUUUAAGGGAAGGUUCUGGGGUUUUUGUUAUUGUUCUCACUUUGGGGGAGGAUGUUGGAAAGAAAAUAUGAAGUAGAGGAGAGAACAGUUUAUUUUUACAUUGCCCCCCUAUUUUCGAUCCGCCCAUGCAUCCCUUCAGGAAGAGGAAGACAAGUCGUUAAAGUUUAUGUCAGUCCGGACAAACCCCUGCUUUCCUUCGGGCUGCACUCUAUGAUCUACUGAGCGAUUUCGCAUCUGCAUGUGUUUGUCCAAGGUGGCGUGAAAGGCACCACGUGCGCCCAGCAGUCUCAGCUCAGGAGCGGGUGCAUGGCCCCCCGGGAUUUUGCGGGGCCACCGCCUCUGCAGCCACAGCCAUCACCUUUACAGGCGUCUGGGAUCUGGCAAGGGAAAAUGUUAGCGAUGGGGGCGCUGACAGGCGUCUCUGUGCUCAGCCUCAUAACCUAUGGCUACCUGUCCUGGGGCCACGGCCUGGAGGAGGAAGAGGAAGGAGCUGCAGCUAGAGUCCCCCAAGGUAGAGAUGGGCCUGAGCCUAGCUCAUCCUCUACCUCUCAACCUCAUAUCGUCUUUAUCCUAGUUGAUGACCAAGGAUUCAGAGAUGUGGGAUACCAUGGGUCAGAAAUCAAGACGCCCACUCUGGACAAGCUCGCUGCGCAAGGAGUUAAACUGGAAAACUACUACGUCCAGCCUAUUUGCACACCGUCUAGAAGCCAAUUUAUCACUGGAAAGUAUCAGAUACACACAGGACUUCAGCACUCUAUCAUAAGACCUACUCAGCCCAACUGCCUACCUCUGGAUAAUGCAACCCUACCUCAAAAACUAAAAGAAGUUGGCUAUUCAACUCAUAUGGUUGGAAAAUGGCAUCUGGGUUUUUAUAGGAAAGAAUGUAUGCCAACCAAAAGAGGAUUUGAUACGUUUUUUGGCUCCCUCCUGGGAAGUGGUGAUUAUUAUACACAUUAUAAAUGUGACAGCCCAGGGAUGUGUGGAUAUGAUUUAUAUGAGAAUGACAAUGCUGCUUGGGACCAUGAUAAUGGUAUAUACUCAACACAAAUGUAUACUCAGAAAGUGCAACAGAUUUUAGCUUCUCACAACCCCAGGAAACCUAUAUUUUUGUAUAUUGCAUACCAAGCUGUUCAUUCACCAUUGCAGGCACCAGGGAAGUAUUUUGAACAUUACAGAUCCAUUAUCAACAUUAAUAGGAGGAGGUACGCUGCCAUGCUGUCAUGCUUGGAUGAAGCCAUCAACAAUGUGACCCUGGCUUUAAAGAGGUAUGGUUUCUAUGACAACAGCAUUAUCAUCUACUCUUCAGAUAAUGGAGGACAGCCCAUGGCAGGAGGAAGCAACUGGCCUCUCAGGGGAAGUAAGGGAACCUAUUGGGAGGGGGGAAUACGAGCAGUUGGCUUUGUUCACAGCCCACUUCUGAAAAACAAAGGCACAAUAUGUAAAGAGCUUGUGCACAUCACAGAUUGGUACCCCACACUGAUCACACUGGCUGAAGGCUGGAUUGAUGAGGACAUUCAGCUAGAUGGUUAUGACAUUUGGGAGACUAUAAGUGAAGGUCUGCGUUCUCCACGAGUAGAUAUUUUGCACAAUAUUGAUCCAAUUUAUACAAAAGCCAAAAAUGGUUCCUGGGCAGCAGGUUUUGGGAUCUGGAAUACAGCUAUACAGUCAGCAAUAAGAGUAAAACACUGGAAACUGUUGACAGGGAAUCCAGGCUAUAGUGACUGGGUCCCCCCUCAAUCUUUUAGUAAUGCUGGACCCAACCGGUGGCAUAAUGAACGGAUUUCCUGGUCUGCUGGCAAAAGUGUUUGGCUUUUCAACAUCACAGCUGACCCAUAUGAACGAGUGGACCUUUCAAGUAAGUAUCCAGGGAUUGUGAAGAAGCUUUUAAGGAGAUUGUCCCAGUUCAAUAAAACUGCGGUUCCUGUCAGAUAUCCACCCAAAGACCCUAGAAGUAAUCCUAGGCUCAAUGGAGGAGUCUGGGGGCCAUGGUAUAAAGAAGAUGAUAAGACAAGGAAAACAGGAAAAAACAAGGCUAAACAAAAACAAAAAAAAAAUAAGACUAAGAAGAAAAAACAUUGGAAAAAAGGGCAGUUUCCAAAUUGUCAAACAGACCUUACUCAUGGGUAAUCAUGAAAUGGCUUUUGGUGAAACUCAAAUCCAUCUGUAUUUUGCCCCAUAUUUUUUCCCCAAUUUAUCUAUCAAAACCAGUGCUGUAAUGAGACUAACUGAAAACCCCAUAGAAAGCACUAUGCCAAUGCAGAGCAGUCUCAAACUUGACCUGUCUUCUUGACAUACCAUAUAGAGAAUUGUCAAGAAUUUUCUUUUUCCUAUCAAAGAUACCAUUCCCACAACCAGUAGCAUUUCAGAUAAUGCAAUUUCCAGUAGUUUUUCUUGCCUCCUUCAUAAAGGUCAGAUGUUGGCAUGACAAAUUCUGCACUUCACCAGUUGGCCUUUUUUUUUAAAGUAAAGAAGGGGAAAUAUGACUAUAACUGAGAAUCCUGCUAGUGUGAAGGGAAUUAUAAGGCACCAAGGAUAAUACUGAUUUUAUAGAAGUGCCAAAUAAUUAGCCUUGGAAAAGGCCUAAUUUCUAACUGAUUUUUAUGUCUGUGUGUCUUCUGCAUUAAAGAAGAUAAGAUGCUAUUAGGUUUGGGUUUUUUGACUGAAGUUUUUCUUCCAGCAAAAAUAAAUGGUGAGUCUCAUGGGAAACAACUUGUACCUCACUUGAUCUUACAUGAACAAGAAGAACAAGAAAAGGCCUUUGAGCACACUGUCAAAUAACGAACUAUAGUUAUUGUUUAAUUGCUUUAAUAAAAAAUGACACUUCUGCAUAAAAGGCAUAAUUUAUUUUUUACAGAGACAGAAUCAUUAUUUUGCUGUCAUCAAUGAUGAUGCAAGUGAUGCUUUUAUUGUUUUAUUUUUAUUUUGCACAUAGCAACCAAUUUUUUUUUUAAAUUUCACCCUCAUAAAUGACAAAGCAUUGUAAAAGUCUGAGUUACUGUAAACACUGCUGGAAAGAUAACCCAGGUGAAGAAUUUGAAUAGGCUUUGUUUACCCAUUAUUUUGAAUAAUUUUGAAUAAGAGGACUUUGCUUAAAAAUUAUCUGGAAUAUUUUAGUAUAAUGUCUAAGCAGAAGCUAAAUAACUUUGUUAUUUCUAUGAUUAACACUUUAUUUAUGUAUCUAUUAAAAUAGUUUAUUUUUAUGGCA